AUGUCUUCGUACGCUCUCCGAAGGGCCCAGACAGACCACCACUACGGCUACCCUCAACGCCAGAUAUCUACCACAUCCACAGUAUCAUCUGCCUAUUCAGCAGCAUCCAGUGCUUUCGCACCAAGCAGAACAAGUACGGUGACUUCCGCCAACUCUAGUACCUACGCGAGAGAUUCGCCCGGGCACAAGCGAGGCGUUAGUGAAGCUGCAGACAUGACUCCAACAAGGGCAUACGGUGGCCACUCCAGCAUUGAGAACAGUCCAGACCAUGUGUACAGAAGUGUCCGGCAAACCCUGCGACCACUGCCACAAGCACCAUCUCCGAACUCCACUCCCAACACAAAGCGGCCAAUAGCUCAUCACACUCGAGCUCAAACGAUCGACCACUUUCCUCAAGCUCAAUCCGAAGAUCCUUUUGUGGAGAAGCACACUCAUGAAUAUUCCUCAGAGGCAAUCAACCUCAGGCCACAUCUCCACCAUACCGCUACAAGCCCACAUGGCACCAUAUUCAAAGCCCCCGAUCUUCAAGAGCUACAAAAGUCCUCGACCUCACAUUUGAGGGCGUUAUCACGGUUCGCACAAAAUGGCGACGUUGAAGAAUAUGGAAUCGACAAGCCGAGUCCAUCUGUCGUAGGACUGCAAAAUAGAAGGCAAUUGAAGCGCGCUGAUUCUAUGAUGGGUGUUGGACGGUCGUCAGCUAAGAGCUACGGAUGGGCCGACAGGAAUUGGAUGGACAAGCAAAGACAAUUCUUAGCUGCAUACGAAUACCUCUGCCACAUCGGAGAAGCAAAAGAAUGGAUAGAGGAUAUCAUACACAAACCUAUCCCUGCAAUUGUGGAACUGGAAGAAGCUUUGCGUAACGGCGUCACUUUGGCGGAAAUCGUGCAAGCAUUCCACCCAGAACAAACUCUCAGGAUCUUCCGGAACCCCAAGCUACAGUACAAACACUCAGACAAUAUUGUCAUGUUCUUCCGAUUCCUCGAGGAGGUCGGUCUUCCCGAUCUGUUCCGAUUUGAGUUAAUUGAUCUCUACGAGAAGAAGAAUACUCCCAAGGUCAUCUACUGCAUACAUGCCUUGUCAUGGCUGCUCUACCGCAAGGGGAUGGUCGAUUUUCGGAUCGGUAACCUGGUUGGCCAGCUUGAAUUUGAGCACCAUGAACUCGAACAAACUCAACGCGGCCUAGACAAGGCUGGUGUUAGUAUGCCUAGCUUUUCAGGUAUGGGUGCUAGUUUUGGGGCCGAACCGGAACCGAAACCUACAGAGACAGAAGAACAACGAAUCGACAGGGAGCUACAUGAACAGGAAGCAGUACUCGCAGACUUCCAGAAUCAAGUUCGUGGUGCGAUUGUCAGACUUCGUUUGGGCGAUAUGAUGCAGAGAUUGUGGGACUCUGAAGAAGUCUUUGUCGACCUCCAAUCGCGGCUUCGAGGUGACUGGGUGAGACAAAUUGUCGGUUACAGGCUCGACAUGCAGAAGUUUGCCACUAAUCUUCAAGCUUCGUCACGCGGCUUUCUUGCCCGUUCCAAUCAACAGCAAAAGGAGAGAAUGUGGAAGUCGAAGGAAAAGGAGAUCUUGAAGCUCCAAAGUCAAUUCCGGGCCGGGAAAGCCAGGACGGAGGUUCGGUCACUCAAAUCCCAUUUGCGCCAACACGAUCAAGGAAUCCGUGAACUUCAAGGUGCUAUUCGCGGGGCCUUGGCCAGAAGAGACGCCUUUGAUCAGUAUGAGGCUACCAGAACCUCGGAGAAUGAGGUCCUUGGUCUCCAAGCUGUGAUUAGAGGCAUGCUUGCACGGAAUCAACUUCAGCAAGACCAUACUUAUCUCAAGAAACAAGCAAAAGCCAUCACUCAGCUUCAAUCUUCCGCAAGAUCAUUUUUGGCUCAAAGAAGACAAGCUACACUUCACAAGGCCCUUGUGCACUCCACCACAAAUUGGAUGUCUCUACAGGCUCUAGUGCGAGCGGGAAAUGUUCGACAAAAUGUUGCGAGCCUGAAACGAACACUAAGAUCGCAUUCACCAACAAUUGCCCAGUUCCAAUCAAUAUUGCGUGCGGCAAAUGCUAGAGAAGCAUACGACUCUCUUAGGCUCUCUUUGUUCAGACAGUCCUCAGCAGUCACCCCUUUACAAGGUAGCGUCCGAGGUUUUCUACUCCGUAUGACCUUGAAAUCUCAGAGAAAACUACUCGAUAGACACAGACCUAAGCUUACGCAGCUGCAAGCAAUUUCUCGAGGGACGAUUCUCAGACUUCAUACAGGCGAACUUCUAGGGCAGCUUGAGGAGAAUCAUAAUUCAAUUGUCGAACUCCAAGCCGUUACUCGAGCCAUGCUCUCCCGGAGCCGGGUGGGAGAUUUGCUAGCCGAACUGGAGGAGCAUCAUGCAUCACUUGUUGAUCUUCAAGCUUUUAUUAGAGCAGGGGCUAUCCGGGGUCAGUUUGUUGAGAAGCAACGAUUUUUCAAAGAAAAUAUGGAAAAAGUUGUAAAGAUCCAAAGUGUCGUGCGAGCCAAGAUCCAAGGGAAAGCCUACAAGAGCCUAACUUCUGGCAAGAAUCCUCCUGUUGGAACUCUGAAAGGCUUCGUGCACUUACUCAACGACAGUGAUUUUGAUUUUGAAGAAGAAGUGGAAUUUGAGCGGCUGCGGAAGACUGUUGUGCAACACGUUCAGCAAAAUGAACUUGUUGAUCAAUAUGUCACGCAACUCGAUCUCAAAAUUGCGCUUCUGGUCAAAAACAAAAUUACACUUGACGAAGUAGUCAAGCAUCAAAGACAUUUUGGAGGCCAUGUUGGAAGCUUGCUGCCCAACUCCGAUAUCUCCUCAAAGGAUCCAUUCGACCUGAAAGCCCUCAAUAAGACAUCACGGAGGAAACUCGAACACUAUCAAGAACUAUUCUUCCUCCUUCAAACUCAGCCACAAUACUUGUCUAGACUGUUCAAACGAAUCCGAGAACAAGCAACAGCAGAGAAGGAAUGCGAAAGGAUCAAACAUCUUGUCAUGGGUCUAUUUGGAUACGCCCAGAAACGCAGAGAAGAAUAUUAUUUGGUCAAGUUGAUUGUUAGAUCCAUCAAGGAAGAAGUUGAUUCAGCGAUCUCCCUGCAGGAUUAUCUACGAACCAACUCUUUCUCCAACAAGCUGUUCGGCGCCUAUAGUAAAUCUCCUCGCGACCGAAAAUUCUUGAGAGACGUCCUUGGGCCACUGGUCAAGGAAAAUAUUAUCGACAACGCUUCUCUUGACCUUGAAAGUGAUCCGCUGCAGAUCUACCUCUCCGCAAUCAACAAUGAAGAGUUGAGGACUGGUCGGCAAAGCCAACGAGAUCCGAAUGUACCCAGAGAGGUCGCCAUUCGAGACCAAGAGACUCGAGCAACAUUCAUUGCACAUAUGCAAGAUCUUCGAGAUAUUACGGACCAAUUCUUUCUCUGCUUGGAGGACUGCCUCCUCCGCAUGCCGUUUGGUGUUCGCUUCGUUGUGCAACAGACCUUUGAAUCACUGUUAGAACGGUUCCCGGGAGAAGAGUCCGGAUCCGUGCUUCAGCUUGUGGGUCAAUGGUUGUGGCGGACAUAUCUACAACCUGCUCUACUCGAGCCUGAGAAAUUCGGCGUUGCUGAUCGGGCAAUGACACAAGAACAGAAACGGAAUCUCGGUGAGAUAGCAAAGGUCUUGAACCAAGCUGCGUCAGGGCGCGAGUUUGGUGGUGACAAUGUCUACCUGCAGCCCUUGAACAACUACCUCCGCGAAUCUGUCGGCCGCUUUGUAGUCAUUUGGAGGCACUUGAUCUCUAUCCCAUCGGCAGAAGAGCAUUACGAUAUUGAUGAAUUCAAUGACCUCUACGCGAAGACAAAACCAACUCUCUAUGUCAAGAUGGCUGACAUCUUCUCAAUACAUAAGUUGCUGUCUCAAGAGAUAGGCCUCAUUUGUCCUAGUCAAGACGAUGUGCUUCGUGACAUCCUUCGAGAGUUGGGUAGCGUCCAGAGCAAUGAAAGUGAGCUCCGAGGUGUCAGUACCGGGGAGAUCAGCCUGACAUUGAGCCCGAAGCUCCUUAAUUCGGAAGACCCUGAUGCCGACCUUAAGGCGUUGUUUACUGAAACAAAGCGUUGUGUGUUGUACAUCAUUCGAAUCCAAUCUGGAGCAAGUCUUCUCGAAAUACUGGUCAAACCUAUCACGGAAGAAGAUGAAGAUAAGUGGGACAAUUUGGUGCGAGAUGAACUUCAAAGUGGUACCAACGGACGCGGAGCAUAUGCUGAUGCCAACACUCACUUGGAUAUCACGUCUCUGUCCUACCCUGACCUCAAGCGUAUCGCUCUAGAAAACGUCUUACAGCUUGAGUCAAUUGGACGGUUGUCUCGCUCAAAUCAAUACCAAGAUCUGCUCAACACGAUCGCAGUUGACAUUCGAACGAAACAUCGACGAAGACUGCAACGUCAACGCGAGUUGGAAAACGUGAGAACCACACUUGCUCGACUAAACGAGCAAGCUGUCUACCUCGAGCAGCAACUUAAGACUUACAACGACUACAUCGACCAAGCCAUGGUUACCCUGCAGAACAAGAAGGGCAAAAAACGCUUCGUCAUGCCUUUCACCAAACAAUGGGAUCAUGAGCGCGAACUGCAACGGUCGGGUAGAUCCUUCAAAUUCGGCUCGUACAAAUACUCGGCGAGGACACUCGCAGACAAAGGCGUUCUCGUCCAAUGGCGCGGCUACCACGAACGGCACUGGGACCGAGUCGAUCUUACCUUCUCAUCCAACGAGGUCGGAGUCUUCACCAUCGACGGCAGUUCAGGAAACAUGAUGAUCCCUGGAGCAAACGCCCAGGUCGUGCUCGAUGACCUGCUGCAGGCACAGUUCAACAACACCCAAUUCCUUGAAUUCUUCGAGGAUGCCCUCCGUGUCAACGUCAACCUAUUCUUGCACUUGAUCAUGAAGAAAUUUUAUAAUGAAUGA